AUGCCACUAACCGUCAAAAGGCUAUUAGAAGAAUGGUUGACAAACACCUUGAACAACAUGCUCGAGAAACCCGUUCGAAGAGAUAUCGAAGACACAUUACCUGCAGAAAUAGCAGAUGUUGCCAAUGAGCCAAACACUACACGAACAGAAAUAGUGUACGCAUUGGAAAAACUCGGCACGAAAGUACAGUGGCCGCAAAAGAUGAAGUCGAAUCCGAGCACCAGGAGGUCGAACGUUCUAUGUGAAUUCCACCAAGAAAGAGGACACAAGACCGAAGAUUGCAUAGGUCUGCGACAAGAAGUGGUAAGAAUGUUAAACCAAGGAUACCUGAAAGAACUGCUGAGCGACCGAGGAAGGGCCAACUUCGCUCGUGGAUGCAAUCAACCUCAAGGACCUCCAAAACCACCAUCACCAGCUCGUACCACACAAAUGAUCAUUGGCGGCAGCGACGACACGAUAAUCAACUAUGUGAAAUUCACCACCACACAUAAACUCAAACGGACAGUUGCCCACGAAUGGUAUGACGACCUCGAAGAUAGUAUCAUCUUCGAUAAGCCGGAUACUGACAGUUUGUCUUUCCCUCACUAUGAUGCUUUGGUUAUAACUUUAUGCAUCGCAGAUACCGAUGUGAAAAGAAUAAUGGUGGAUGACGGAAGCGGCAUGUGUAUUGUUCACCCAUGA